UUCUUUUUAUUUUUUUGUUUUUUAUCAUCAUUUAGAUUAUGGGGUUCUCUCUUUUUGUGUAAAGAUUAGAGCUUUAUGCUCUUUUAGUUAGUUUUCCAACUAAUUUCCUUAAGAAUUUCUUGUUCUUGAAGUGUAGAAAAGAGGAUAAUCUUGGUAAUUUUUUAUAUGAUUUUGGGGUUCUCUCUUUUUGUUCAAAGAUUAGAGCUUUAUGCUCUUUUGUUAAUUUUCCUAGUUUUUUCCUUAGUAAUUUUUUGUUCUUGGAGUGAAAAGAAAAAAAGUAAUUGAGGAAGAAGAUAAUCUUGGAGUAUUUUUCUUCAAAGAUCACAUUUUAAUGAAUUUGGGGUUCUAUCUUUUGUUCAAAGAUUAGAGCUUUAAGCUCUUUUAUCAGUUUUUCAAUUUUUUGCUUUCAUAAUUUGUUGUUCUUAGAGUGCCAAGAAAAAGAAACUAAUUGAGGAAGAAGAUAAUCUUGGAAAGAUAUUUCUGGCUGAGCAACUUCUGUUUGAUUUGGGGGUUGAAAAUUUUUGAUGCUUUGGUCAAAUGGAUAUGUUAGAUCUUGAGGCAUAUAAGUAUGUGAAAGAUCAUUUUUUGUUAUUUUUUGUUUGGCAAUGAGAUCUCACUGGUUAUUUGCCUUUCAUGUUGAUUGAGUUGAGGCAUUGAUUUGAAGGGAGUCUUUUCCAGGUUAUAAAUAUUGUAAUUAUGUUAAGGUGGUUAUUUCUGGGAUUCUUGAUUUCUUUGUUCAUCAUAUCUGUUAUAGCAACUGAUAAUGAAUUCACCAAUUGUAACUGUGAUGAAGAAGGUAUUUGGAGUAUAUACAACAUUCUUGAGUGCCAAAAAGUGAGUGAUUUCUUGAUUGCAAUUGCUUAUUUUUCGAUACCUCUCGAAUUGCUUUACUUUAUUAGUUGCUCUGAUCUUCCAUUCAAAUGGGUUCUUGUUCAAUUCAUUGCAUUCAUAGUGCUCUGUGGAUUGACUCAUUUGCUCAAUGGAUUGACUUAUAGUGCUCAACCUUCAUUCCAAUUGAUACUGUCGUUAACAAUCGCGAAAAUCCUAACCGCACUUGUUUCUAGUGCAACUGCAAUCACCCUUUUGACCUUGUUCCCUCUUUUGCUCAAAAUUAAAGUUAGAGAACUUUUUUUGACUCAAAAUGUGUUGGAGCUUGAUCAAGAAGUUGGGAUGAUGAAGAAACAAAAAGAAGUGUAUACGCAAGUUCGAAUGCUGACGCGUGAAAUUAGGAAGUCGCUUGAUAAACAUACUAUAUUGUACACUACUUUAGUUGAGCUUUCAAAGACCUUGAAUUUGGAGAAUUGUGCUGUUUGGAUGCCAAAUGAAAGUAGGUCAUUGAUGAACUUGACACACGGGUUAAGCCCCGGUUCUGCUGUAGAAUACCAUCGUUCGCUUCCAAUUGAUGAUCCGGAUGUGUUGGAGAUAACCAAGGAUAAAGGAGUAAGGAUUUUGAGGCGAGAUUCAGUUCUUGCAGUUGCGAGUAGCGGAGUUGGCCCCGAUGAUGAGCGAUGUACUGUCGCAGCGAUUCGGAUGCCGUUGCUUUGUGCUUCGGAUUUCAAAGGCGGAACUCCCGAGUUGGUUGACACUCGUUAUGGUAUUUUAGUUUUGGUUAUUCCGAGUGGAAACGAUGAUUGGAGCCGUAACGAGAUGGAGAUAGUGGAAGUAGUUGCUGAUCAGGUGGCCGUGGCAUUAUCCCACGCGACGGUUCUCGAAGAGUCUCAAGUAAUGAGGGAGAAACUAGAAACGAGGAAUGUUUUGCUUCAACAGGCUAAGGAGAACGCCUUGAAGGCGAGCCAAGCGAGGAAUUCAUUUCAGAAAGUACUGAACAACGGGAUGAGACGGCCAAUGCACUCGAUUUUGGGUUUGCUUUCCAUACUUCAAGAAGAGAACACGAGCUCAUCUAACCAGAGGAUUAUUAUCGAGACAAUGGUGCGAACGAGCACCGUUCUGUCGAAUUUAAUAAACGACGCAAUGGAUAUACCCGAGAAAGACGAAGGAAGAUUCCCAGUAGAAAUGAUGCCCUUUCAGCUGCAUUCGCUGAUUCGAGAAGCUUCUUGUCUUGUUAAGUGCUUGUGUGUUUAUAAGGAAUUCGGCUUUUCUACGGACUUUCCAAAUUCUUUACCUAAUCUGGUGAUGGGCGACGAAAAGAGAACGUUUCAGGUCAUACUUCAUAUGGUGGGGCAUUUAUUAAAUAUCAGCUCCAGAAGGGGCUCCAUCGUAUUCAAGGUUAUUCUGGAGACAGGAACCGAGGGCGGGAACGAUAAGCUUCGGCGAACAAGAAGACAUAGUGUAUUUGAUGAGCAUGUCACCAUAAAAUUUGAGAUUGAAGUUAGUUUUGAAGGUUCUCAAACAGAUAGCUCAUUCUCGACUACUCACUUUGGUGGAAGGAGGUAUAACAGCAAAGAGUUAAAGGAAGGCAUGAGUUUCCGCAUGUGCAAAAAGCUCGUUCAGAUGAUGCAGGGAAAUGUAUGGAUGCCCUCAAAUACCGAGGGCCAUGCACAAAGGAUGACUCUUAUUCUCCGAUUUCUUAAACAGUCAUCAUUCCGGAAACACAUGUUUGAACUUGCAAAUCCUUUAAAGGAAGUAAUUUCCAGCUCAAUGUUCAAAGGCCUCCAAGUUCUACUCGCUGAUGAAGACAACGUAAACAGAAUGGUAACAAAAAAGCUGCUUGAAAAACUAGGUUGUCAAGUAAUUGCUGUUUCGAGCGGUUUUCAGUGCCUAAGCGCGAUGGGCCAUUCAACAACUUCUAUCCAAGUUGUCAUUUUGGAUCUUCACAUGCCGGAAAUGGACGGAUUUGAAGUGGCUAUGAGAGUUCGGAAAUUCCAUAGCCGUAGUUGGCCAUUGAUCAUAGCUCAAUCUUCUACUUCAGAGGCACAAGUAUGGGAGAAAUGCUUACAGGUCGGAAUCAACGGUCUCAUACGAAAACCUGUUCUCUUGCAAGGAAUGGCUGAAGAACUUCAAAGAGUCCUACAAAGGGCUGCUGAAGGCUUUUGAGGUAAUACUAAUAGUGAAAACAAACUCGGAGUUCUCGGAAUUGUCACGAGUAUGUUGCAGAGCUAGAUAUUCUAACAAGGGGAUUAAAAAAAAUGUGAGAAUGUCACACCAAGGAGUCAAACGAGUGUCCUUAAGCGAUUUUUGAACCACAAUACCACUACACUAAGAACUUCUCUCGUGUCCUGGGAUCCAAACAUACAAAUAUACAGAAAAAAUUGUUAUUACCCGAUUUGCACAUUAUAAUUUUUUGAUGAAGGAGAUUCCUUGAACCCCUUUGUUACAUGUAGCUCCGCUGUUGUCUUCGCUGAACCUGUAGAGAUAACAUCACAGCUUUGGCAGAUGAACCAGGUUCUUGCUAACCUUGUAGUUUGUACAGUUUAUGUUAUACAACCUAUAUAUCAGUUUGCCAUUCAUUAGUGUAGUUUCUCUACUUUUUGGAAUACCUCUUGUAUACGGGAGUUUAUCCCCAUUAUAAAUAAAAUUAUUCACCCUAUAAAAAAAAAAAAGUUUGCUAUUCAAUAUUUGGUUCACAGUGUAGUAUCAGAUGGUGGUACUAUUUAGUCCUAAAAUUCUUCUGGCCUCAUAAUAGAUAAGGUUCUAUUGGUUCCUCCUUUACCA